AGUAGUUAUUACCUGAGACGGUAUUACUGGACUGAACAAAAUUUAAUAAAGUUUAAUAUUCGUCAAAUAUGUCGUGCUCACUACAUGAAUACGAUUUGGAUAUGGACGUGGAAAAUAUGUGCCGUAUUUGCCUUUCACAGACAGAUACUAGCGAGCGAUUGUUCAACAUAUUUUCAUCAGCGAUAGUAGAUGGAUUUCUGGUGGCGAUUCCGGAUGUAAUACAAUUUUCUGUAGAUCUGAAGGUGAUUGAGUCCGAUGGGAUGCCUGGUAAGAUUUGUCAGACAUGUAAAGGGCAACUGCUGAGUUUUUAUUUGUUCAAGCAAAAAUGCAAACGGACAGAGAAAAUACUACACGAAGCAUUUGCUUCGUCAAGGAAAGUAAACUGUACUCCUUUGAAGCCAGUAGAAUUGAUAGAUGAAAACAUUUCCACCACUUCCGAUGACAUGGUUGAAAUACUUGAACAUGAGCAGAACUACGAGGAGGUAGUCGAUGAGGUACAAACUACAUCUAAUACUAUUCCGCUGUCCGAACAAGUAGAUAAUCAGUGUCACCUAUGUGACCAGAUCUUUCAUACCGAAGAGGACCUUAAAAAACACACAGCUAUUCAUUGUACAAUAGUGACUGAUCAUGUUGGUUUCAUUGAUGAUGAGCAGUUUGAAGAGUACGAGGUAGAAAUGGACGAUAGAAGCCGCUUGGUUUCAACAGAUGCUGUGAACUCGAGUCAGGUGAAAUCUCCUGUAGCAGCUACGGAUGACGAUAUUCACUAUUUAGAUGAUGAAGAACCGGAAACCUUCGAAUCAGUUGAGCAGUGUUCGAAUAAUGCAGUGGAUAAUAUUGCAAGCGUUGUUGCAGACGAUAAUGAACUGCAAUCAACGCACAGUGAUGAAGUAACUAACGAAACUGUUCCACAGGUGGUACAAUUACACUGCAACAUUUGUGGGAAAACGGUAAAGGGACGAUCUCGUUACUUGAAACACUUACGAAUACAUGAUGCAAAUACCAGUGUAACAGAGUUCUUCACUUAUCACAUUUGCACUGUCUGUUUGAAAGUGUAUCUACAAGGUACAGAUUUAUCCGAUCACAUGAAUGCUACAGAUCAUCGACAAUGUACGAAAGAUUCUUCUGAGAAUGUUGAAGUGCCUUACGUUUGCGGUAUUUGUUCGGCCGAGCACAUCAAGAUAGACCAUAUGAAGCAACAUCUUCUGUCACAUCUGAACUCCUUUCCGUGUCCAUUUGAAGGAUGUGGAUGUGAGUACGCUUCCUCUGCCCGGCUAGGAAUACAUAUAGCGAACAAGCACAUUGAGUAUGAAUCCCAUCUGUGCCAACACUGUGGAGCGAACACGUUUGAAUCGAUGGCUGAACUGCAGCAACAUUUGCGAUUGAAAUGCAGUGGAAAGAAGUUCCAUUGUGAUCACUGCGACAAAAAAUUUAUGACAUCGCGUUCUUUGGCCCAUCACUUGAAAUGCCUGGAGAAAAAGCAUCGAUGUAUAGAAUGUAGUAAGACAUUUGCACAGCAUGGAGAGCUUAAACUACAUCAGCGAAUGCACAAUGGCGAACGUCCGUUCAAAUGCACGGUGUGUGGAAAGUGCUACAAAACAGCUUCGCUUCGGACAGCUCAUAUGGAUUCGCAUAUAGAGGGCAAAACGUUUCAGUGUCAUCUGUGUGGGAAACAUUUGCAAACUCGCACGUGCUACCGUAAUCACAUUAAGCGCCACUCUGAGGAAAGAAAGCAUGAGUGUGAUGUAUGUUCUAAAAAAUUCUAUACCAAGUAUAAUGUGAAAAUACACAAAGAGAAAGUGCACAAGUUGAAUAGCAAGGGGGAUAAUUUACAGAAUAAUUAACUUUGUUUAUGAAUCAUCGGAAUAUGCCUUUUCUAUUUUUUUUCUCGACUCUAUUGGACGUAGGCCAUCAAUUUGCUUGACACUUACCUAUUUCGAAUGCAAAAUCGGCACAGGCUUUGGAACCUCCUAAACCCACUAAUAACUGUAAAAUUUUCAAAGAACACUAUUUUGAAGGCAGGCAGUAAGCUUCACUUGGGAUGUAAUAGCGAAAGAACAAGAAGAAGAAGAAUAAAGCUACUGCUACUGCCUACGUUACUUCGCUCGUGGAAAAGUUAGUACUCGGCUGACAAAUGCUAUUUUAGUAGAUCAGCGAAGCACCAAACUGGAACGCGUUCCGACCUCCAUUGCCAUUAUAGUACAAAAUGUAGAAAUGGACACAGGAAAUCUUAGGACAAGUUUUAUGCAACUCCAAAAAGUUUCAUCAACAUCAUCACAAUGUACAACG